AUGGACGAGUAUAAUAGCCAGCUACCGUUCGACGCCACCGCUGGUGCGAGCGACGCCAAUCUCUUGCCUACAGGAUGGCAGGACCAAUCCUUUGACGCGCUGGAAGCGACCCAGAAACUCCUCGAAGCCGCUGCCCAGGGACAGGACUGGCAGCCCCAGCUCGAGUAUGUACAGAACUCGUACGGCACUCCGAUCGACCUCACGACGGAAGACGACGACGAUAUCGAUGAGCCGAUCCUCGUCGAGACACGCAUCGCGCCGACGCCGCCGCUGCGCCGCAAUGCCUACGUGCCGCCGCAGCGGGGGGCGCACAUGCCGCCCAAGUGGGUGUGCAUCGGGAUCAUCUAUCCUUCGGUCUUGUGCAUGUAUGGGUUGCCGCCCGAGCUGCAGCUGCAGGGGCUCCCGGGCGAGUACCCGGACGUGGACCCGGAAUGGGAGAGUCUCACGUUCUGGGGCGAGCCAGGCUAUCGCCCUGUGGCGAUUCACGAGGGCGCCAAGCAGGGCGCGAUCACUGGCAAUCAGCGCCUGGGAAUGUCUGUAUCGACGCUGCUCCCGGGGCCGUCGGACCUCGCGCCGAGCGACCCCAACAACAAGCCCGAAAUCCUGAACGAGUUUGGCACGCUCUCCGACAAGUACAGCAAGAUCGUCGAGUACUUUACUGGACAGGACCAGCUCAUGACGAUCUCGCGCUGCAAACUCGUAUCACCGACCAAGGCACAAAACUUUACGCAGUCGAUCGAGACGCUGCUCUUUGUUCCGGACGCUAGCGUCCCGAUCGUCGUCGGCUCGCUCACGCGCUCGGAUAUCUACCUCGAGACGCCGGACGCGUACAACGCGAGCGACUUUCCCGAUAUGCCCAAGCUACUCAAUCCGGAGGAGAUCCAGCCGCGGCGCCAGCGCCCGCGGUACACUGCGCCGCUCUACACGCCGUACAUGAGCACCGCCGAGACGUACAACUCGAUCGGCUCGCUGGGCGGCACGCCCAUGUCGAAAGAGAUGCUCGAGGAAGAGCAAAAGGCGCAGAUCAACUCGGUGUACGACAGCCUGAAGGGCAGCGAGAAUCUCGGCGAGACGGAUCCCGGGCCCCUCAUUUCUGCCAAGCUCUUUACACACCAGAAGCAGGCACUGACCUUUUUGCUUGAGCGUGAGCGCGAGCGCCGCUUUGAAGAACUGCUGAAUACAGAUGGAUCCGACGAUACCAACCACAUUUCCCUAUGGACCGUCGCGCAGCAGGCUGGCGGACGUAUUCAGCGCUUCCAAAACAUUGUCACGCAGACGACACUCAACCGCACGCCGGGAAUCUGCCGCGGAGCGAUCCUCGCCGACGAUAUGGGUCUCGGCAAGACGAUCACCGUCAUCUCGGUCAUCGCCAAGACCAUGGCCGAGGCGCAUGUGUUUGGGCACUCGCCGCUGGCGCCGGACGUCUGGAGCGACGACGAGCCGCAGCUCGUUGGCGACUCGCGCAACCGGCGCACGGCCGAGCAGGCACGGCGCGAAGAGCUGCGCUGCCGCAGCCGCGCGACACUGCUCGUCUGCCCGCUGUCGAUCGUCUCCAACUGGGAGUCGCAGAUCCGCGAGCACUGGGACCCCCAGAACCAGCCCUCGAUCUAUGUAUACCACGGCAGCGGCCGCCUCACCGAUCCUCAUCUUCUUGCAGACUACGACGUGGUGAUCACGACAUACUCUACGCUCGGCUCCGAGUUUUCGAAUCAGACGACGUGGGCCGCAGCGGCGGGCAAGGGCGACAAGGACGACGACCUGCUCGAGAUCGACGCGGAUGGCGCCCCGGUCACCAAGAAGCGGCGCAAGAUGAACGAGGCGCCGAAUACCUGCCAGCGCAUCGAGUGGUUCCGCAUCGUGCUCGACGAGGCGCACAUUGUGAAGGAGUCGCGCACCUGGCAGUCCAAGGCGGUGUGCAACCUGUCGGCACCGCGCCGCAUCUGCCUCACGGGUACGCCGAUCCAGAACAAGCUCGACGACCUGUACGCACUGAUCCUCUUCUUGCGUCUCGAUCCCUUCUCGGACAGGACGGUGUGGAACCGGUUCUGCCGGGACAAAAAGCAUCUGUACCUCAACCAAUCGCGCAGCAAGGACGACGAGCUACUGGACCCUACGUCGCUCGUUCGUGUACAGACCAUUAUGAAGUUCCUUACGCUGCGCCGCAUGAAGACGGACCGCCGCCCCGACGGCAGCCUGAUCCUUGCGCUGCCGCCCAAGGCCUCGCGUGUCGUGAAGCUUGCGCUGAGCGAGGCGGAGCGCACCAAGUACCAGCGCCUGCACUCGCGCUUCCGCGAAGAGUUUGAGGAGCACGUUGCCGAUGGAACGGUGGGCGUGAACUAUGCAACAAUCCUGCACGAGAUUCUGAUCCUGCGCAUGAUGUGCGACCACGCCGAGCUCGUCGAGGACUCGAUGGACUCGGGCCGCGCACGCUUCGGCAUGGAGGACCUUUCCAGUGCGAUCCGCGACGACGGCCUCACACGCCGCCGCGCCGCCGAGUUCUUCAUGCUCCUGAGCGACAGCAUGCUGGCACAGUGCAACAACUGCGGCACGGAGCUCCCGAGUCUCGCCGCGCCCGCCGACGAGAUGGACGGCGCGCCGCGCAAGAACGAUCCCAAGCUCCCGGUCGUGACGCGGUGCCAACACACGUUCUGCUCGCAGUGCUUCCAGUCGCAGGUCGGUCACGGCUGGCCGAAGCCGAGUAAAGAGACGCGCGAGCCAUGCCCGUGCUGCGGCACAGAGCUGCACCUGAUCCUCGACGCGGUCGCGCUGACGCCCGCCGACGCGGAUCUUGCCGAGUCGGGUGUUGCGCCGGAGAAGGAAAACGGCUCGCGCCUCCUUGCCGCGCUCGACGAAAAGGCGCAACCCAAGCUUGCGGCGCUUUUCCGCCCGGACGACCCUGCAUCGUGGCCGGAAACGUGGAGCACCAAGGUACGCGCGCUGAUGAUGGACCUCUUGCCGUUUGCCAAGUGCAAUCCCUCGUCGCAGCUGUACGACCCCGAGGCGCCGGUGCUCGAGCAUGUCAUCGCGGCCGGCAGUGACGAGCAAUCGCCGCUCGUCGAGGUGCGUGCCGUGGAAGACGUCGACCAGAAAGGGCGCCACCCGGUCAAGUCGGUCGUCUUUUCGCAAUGGACGCGCAUGCUGGACAAGAUCGGCGGCGCGCUCAGCCACGCCGGCAUCAAACACCGCCAGCUCGACGGUACGAUGAGCCGCGGGCAGCGCGAAGAGGCGCUGCAGGCGUUCAAAUCCGAUCCGAGCGUCGAGGUGUUCCUCGUGAGUCUGCGCGCGGGUGGCUUUGGUCUGAACCUCGUGUCGGCGUGCCGCGCGUACCUCAUGGACCCCUACUGGAACCCUGCGGUGGAGAACCAGGGAUUGGACCGUAUCUACCGCCUUGGCCAGCAGCGCCCGGUCGUAAUGACCAAGUUUAUCGUGCACAAGAGCAUCGAAGAGCAGAUGCUCGAGCUGCAGCGCCGCAAGACGGAGCUUGCCAACCGCGUCGGCGCCCGCCGCCUUACGGGCGACGAUGCGAAGCGCAACAGGAACGAGGAGCUCAAGCUGCUCUUUUCGUAG